AUGGUAUACACACGGUCUGUGAUUGAACCGAUUCCUGAUACUCCGACUCAAGAUGUGGCUACAUCUCCCAUUUCACCUACGGAGACCAAACCCCCUCCAGUAGAUGCUCUGACGCAGAACACUGAGAAGCUGAAGAAGAAGCCUAAAAUGUCUGAUGAGAUACUGGAGAAAUUACGAAGCAUAGUGAGUGUGAGCGACCCUAAGAAGAAAUAUACUCGAUUUGAGAAGAUUGGACAAGGUGCUUCAGGUACCGUGUACACUGCAAUGGAUGUGGCCACAGGACAGGAAGUGGCCAUUAAACAGAUGAACCUUCAGCAGCAGCCAAAGAAAGAGCUGAUUAUUAAUGAGAUCCUGGUCAUGAGGGAAAACAAAAACCCAAAUAUUGUGAACUACUUGGACAGUCACCUCGUGGGAGAUGAGCUCUGGGUUGUCAUGGAAUACUUGGCUGGAGGCUCUUUAACAGAUGUGGUGAAAGAAACCUGUAUGGAUGAAGGCCAGAUUGCAGCAGUGUGCCGUGAGUGCCUGCAGGCUUUGGAGUUUCUCCAUUCAAACCAGGUUAUUCACAGAGACAUCAAGAGUGACAAUAUCCUAUUGGGAAUGGAUGGCUCUGUCAAGCUGACUGACUUUGGAUUUUGUGCCCAAAUCACUCCGGAGCAAAGCAAACGGAGCACCAUGGUGGGAACUCCAUACUGGAUGGCACCUGAGGUUGUGACAAGAAAGGCCUAUGGGUCCAAGGUUGACAUCUGGUCCCUGGGCAUUAUGGCAAUUGAAAUGAUUGAAGGAGAGCCCCCAUACCUCAAUGAAAAUCCUCUGAGAGCAUUGUACCUCAUUGCCACCAAUGGGACCCCAGAACUUCAAAACCCAGAAAAGCUGUCAGCUAUCUUCCCGGACUUUCUGAGUCGUUGCCUUGAGAUGGAUGUGGAAAAGAGGGGUUCAGCUAAAGAGUUGCUGCAGCACCAGUUCCUGAAGAUUGCCAAGCCCCUCUCGAGCCUCACCCCACUGAUUGCUGCAGCCAAGGAGGCAACCAAGAACAACCACUAACACAUGCCCAGCCCAGCCUCUCCGUGCCAAGCCUUCUGUGAAAUAAAUGCUCAUUUCAG